GCCUUACGCCAAGGGUAGGGGGGUGUGCAUAGGCAGAAAUUAACCUCUGCUUAAAACUUUCUUUAGUGAAAGUUCAUACUUACACUUUCUUGUGUUUUAAACCUCUUUUCACCCGCUUGUUUCAAGCGCACGGAGGCUUUUUGCAAUUGCUGAUUUUUCACAACACCAAAAGACAACGUAACUUGAGCUAAGAUGAUUGACACAGUGACAGGACCUGGAGCACAGCCUUUUGCAGUUCAGCUGAAGGCCCUGACAGAUCUGGAGGGCCGAUACCAACCAAAGCUGAGCGGCCUGAGGCUCAUCGAGAGCUCCCAGGACAAUGGCCUCAGGAUGACCACCAAACUGAGGGAGCUGGAGGUGAAGGAUCUGCUCUCCCUGACCAGGUUCUUUGGGUUCAGUUCAGACACGUUCUCGCUGGCCAUCAGCUUGCUGGAUCGAUUCCUCUCUGUGAUGAAGAUUCAACCAAAGCACCUCUCCUGUGUGGGCCUGUGCUGCUUCUACAUCGCCAUUAAGUCCUCAGAAGAAGAGAAGAAUGUGCCUCUGGCCAACGACCUGAUCCGCAUCAGUCAGAAUCGCUUCACAGUGUCUGAUAUGAUGAGGAUGGAGAAGAUCAUCAUGGAGAAGCUCUACUGGAAGGUGAAGGCCCCCACAGCUCUCCGCUUUCUCCGCCUCUUUCACAGCCACAUCCAGGAGCAGCUCGACGCUGAGAGCAAGAAGAUCCUGAGCCUUGAGAGACUGGAGGCUCAGCUGAAAGCCUGUCACUGCUCAUUUGUCUUCUCCAAAAUAAAGCCAUCUCUGCUCGCCAUGGCUCUCCUGUGUUAUGAGGCUCAGGAGCAACAUGACCCUGAGAACACUGACAAAAUAUUUGAGGUCCUACAAAGUCUGCAGCAGCAGCUGAACAUAAGAGAUGGGGACCUGGUUUGUGUGCGGGAGCUGGUUGGAAAAUGCCUGGCUGAAUAUGCCACCACCAGGUGCUCCAGGCCUAACAGCCAGAGGCUUCGCUGGUGUAUUUCGGGAAGAACUGCACGUCAGCUGAAGCACAGCUACUACAAGAUCACUCAUCUUCCCACCAUACCUGAGUCAGCUUAUUAAACCUGGGGGUACAAAUAGGUGACCGUGCAUGCAGAGAAAAGUAAACAGCGGUCCCCAAUUAACUUUUGGGUGACUUUCUUGCAGUGUGGUCGCCUGGUACAGCCCAGUUAUUUUCCUUACAGAUCUUCAUCGUAGAUGAUGGAUGUCUUUAAGGAAAAGAUUAGAAUGUAACGGUUUUCCUCAAGUUUGUUCGUUGUCAUACAUUGAUCAUGCACACUGCAUUUAAUCAGCCUCAAUGAUGAGUAACACUUAUCUACUACCAUCAUGCUAAGUUUUACUUUCCUGGUUGAGUUGCUUGCACAAGUGUACAGUAUGUUCUCGUUUAAAUCCGUACCAAGGUGUUUGGUAUUUCCUUGAACGGGUUGCUGGUUUUAAGCUCAUAAGUAUAGAACCACCUAGGUCCUCAGUCCACCAUGUGGAAGAGGAGGGAGAAGGAUUUUGUGAACAGCAAAAAUGGAACCAAGAAAUCGGGCCCGAAAUCCUUAACUUCCACCCUAGGUUGCUAAACUGUCCUGAAUGCACACUCCUACCCAAGGUGAUUUUUUGUUUUUUAUUUUGAUAUGGCGAGGGAGCUCCGGUUUUCUCCGGUGAAGUGAGGCUAGUGACGAUCUCCUCAUGAAUGGCUAACCAUACUGUGCUGAAAUGUCAGCGGUUACAGAUGAGCUGUUUUCACAGAUUUGUGUGUACACAGAGUGAAGCACCACAUGUGUUAAUUGAUUUCAGUUGUCAAUUAUGCAGAGAACACAAAGAAAAUGAUAAUUGCAGUGGAAAUGCGGAUUGGAAGUUGUCUUGCAUUGUUCUUUGCCAGUUUCCCUGUCUAAUUUAAGUUUCUUUAGUGAUAAAAAUAAAAUGUGUUCUCAAAUUCAAAAUGGCUAAUUGAACACACCAUCUGGUUAACCUUAUACUUGUACCUUUCAAUAAAAACUUUAUUGAAAAGCCA